AUGGCGGCCGCAAUCAUGGAGUGGCCGGUUGCGCGGCCCAUCGCGUUCGCUCAGGCUUACGCCGACGACGAUGACGAUGACGACGAUACUGUCAACCUGGUAGAAUACCCCAUGAUGGAUGCACCGAGCUGGUUGCUAUCAGCGACCGCGACCGACAGUGCAACGGCGAUAGCAGAACAAGACGAGCCUGUUGCUGGUACGACGUCGAGCAAGGGUACCAGCAUGAUCGCGAGCGACACCAUCGCACCUUCCGCAGAAGAUAUGCUCGGCAACGUGGUCGCAGGAACCGACACUGACGAAGAAGACGAAGAAGACGAAAAACACGAUUCUCUGCUCGCUACAGAAAGCGUGGCCGACGCUAGACUGGCGACUCCUCCUCCCCCGCCUUCCCCUACAAUGACGUUGCAGCCUCCCAAUUCGGCCACCACCACCACUACCGACGUGGGCUUUGAACGCUCUGAGUUCUCAUCGCCACUGCAACCACGCGAGGACGCCUGCGCUCCCCCGACGCCGCCCAGCGAUGUCGGUGACGCCCAAGAGUUUGACUACGACUACGACGAGCCCUCGGGCCACCGCCUGAUACGCCUCAAACCCACAGCGGCGCAGUGGGACAACUUCCCUGCGCUACUGGCCUUUGCGCGCAAGCUGGGCGCGCACGAGGACGGCUGCUUCAAGCUCCAGCUGCCUGCCGACCUGCGCCGUCCGCUGCCGCCCAAGGCGCGGCAGACGCUGCCCGCCAAUGCCUACAAAGCCAAGCAGAUUCGCCGCACGACGUUCUGGCAACUGAGCACGGUCCGGGCCGAGGGCGAGUUCUACAACCCCCCCGCCGUGGACGACGUGGACGCGGCGCCGACCGAGUCGGUCGAGGCUACGCUCAAGACGCUCAAGACAAUAUUCCGCAAAAACAUGGGUCGCCAGAUGCGCCACGUGCGGUACCGCCCUGACGUGCCUGCGUGGAACACGGAGCAGCGCUGCGCGGCCGGCGUGCCCCCGGACUGGAGCCCCAUCCACCCGCUCCGCGGCGACUUGCUGGACCGCACCAAGGCCGUGAUUCCUGGUAUACACACCCCGUAUGUCUACGAGUCGGCACCGCACUUUGGCGCCACCUUUCAGAUCCACGCCGAGGACUACCGCCUACUGUCCCUCAACCACCUCUACUGCGGCCGCAAGAUUUGGAUCGUAGUGCCCUGCACCGCCAUUGACGUGGCCGAGAAGGCCCUGGGCCGCGGCGACGGUGGCUGCUCCCAGUUCAUGCGGCAUCGCGCCGAGUUCUUCUUCCCUGAGAAGCUGGACCAGCUGGGCAUCCCCUACCGCCUCGUCGACCAGCGGCCGGGCGAGACGAUCGUCAUACUCCCCGACGCGUACCACGAGGGCUACAGCACGGGGUACACGCUCGCCGAGGCUAAGAAUUAUGCAGAUGCUGAUUGGAGCACCGCCACGUAUAAGCCGUGCGCUGCGCACUGUCAUCUACCAACGGCCAUUCCGCCCGAAUACCUCGAGCCGCUGGCGGACGGCGAGGCGAGGCUCGACUUGUGCGCGCUGCAUGAUGAGCAGCAGCUCCUGACGUCGGAGGUGGAUGCGAAGCGAGGGGCAGACGAGAUGGAGGUAGGCGAAGAUGACGACGUCGUUGAAGGUACAGCAAAACGACUGAAAAGUUGA